GCGCGGGGUGGCAGUGGUGGUGUUACAGCAAAGAAGCGGAAUGGAGUGGGAACGGGAGUCGAGUCCGCAAAGGGGAGGGCGGCGCUGGAGGCGCGUUGUGGAUCGCGGCGGUCUUGUUCCUUUCGCUCUUGAGGUUCUGUGACGUCACUCGAUCGCUUAGCGCCCCUCUUGCGAGAGCUGGAAGGCGCUCUUGCGCUUUGGGCGCCUCUGAGCUCUCUCGGUAAUAUGGAGGGAAAUGCCUCGGCCUUUUCAGCAGGCUCCGCGCUUGCUUUUUAAAAAUCACGAAUAGGCUGCUCGCCUCGUUGGGUGGGUUCCAAAGUUUCUUCCAGCAAAGGCGCUUUUUGAUCGCGCACGGCUAUUCUUUUUUUUGUUCUGGAGAAAAUCUUUCAUGUAUGGGGUCUCUAGAAGUCGAAAACGGUUUGAUGGCACAUACCCGAUUAUUUUUGUUACUCCGACAAAGCUUAGAGGAUCCCUGCAGGGUGGCACUCCAGUGAAAAAUUGAUCAGAAACAGGAAAGGAUCCUGGAGGAGUUUCAUAAGGAAGAAGAGAGGCUUUCAGAUCGUUUAAAUGUCUUCAGAAGACAAAGAAUCUCAGGAGGAUGAACUUCUUGCUUUGGCAAGUAUUUACGAUGAAGAUGAAUUCAAGAGAGCACAAAAUGUACAAGGAGGAGAAACUCGAAUCUCCGUGGAUGUGCCUCAGAAUUUCAGAGUAUCUUUGAGCGGCAACUUCACAGAGACUCUUGAAAACAGCAAGCUUGAAUAUACAGUAAGCUUUCUGCCUCCAGUGGUGCUGAAUUUUGAAUUCCCAGCAGACUAUCCUUCAACUUCCCCACCUCUGUUCACUCUCAGUUGCAAGUGGCUGUCUCAGGCUCAGCUCACUGCUCUUUGCAGGCACCUAGAUAACUUAUGGGAAGAAAACAGAGGUUCUGUGGUCCUGUUUGCCUGGAUGCAAUUUCUCAAAGAAGAGACACUUGCCUAUCUGAAUAUCGCUUCCCCGUUUGAACCGGAGAUAACUGAGCAAGAAAAACAGCCAAAGGAAGAGGAUGGUUGCUAUGACAUCAAAGAUGCUGCAUCCACACAUAGAGAAUCCUCUGAUACAAGCACUGUAGAGGAUGUUGAGUCUUUGUCAAUCCUGAUUAAGGAAAUUUUAGAUUUUGAUCAGUCCCAAAAGGAGAAGAAUUUCAACUGUAAAAUGUUCACGUGCAAUAUCUGUUUUUCGGUAAAACAGGGAAGCGAAUGUAUGGACUUUAAAGACUGCAGGCAUGUGUACUGCAAGAUUUGCUUGAAGAACUACUUUGAAAUUCAAAUCAAAGAUGGACAGGUUCAUUGCCUGAAUUGUCCAGAACCUGAAUGUUCAUCUGUUGCCACUCCUGGGCAGGUGAAAGAGCUGGUGGAAGAGAAGCUAUUUGCACUUUACGAUCGCCUGCUGCUUCAGUCAAGUUUGGAUUUGAUGGCAGAUGUAGUCUAUUGCCCACGUCCAAGCUGCCAAACCCCAGUGAUGCAGGAUCCUUCUUGCACUAUGGGCAUCUGUUCACGAUGUAAUUAUGCAUUCUGUACUUUGUGUAAAAUGACCUAUCAUGGAGUUUCCCCAUGUAAAGUCACUGCAGAGAAGCUAGCAGAUUUACGCAAUGAAUAUCUUGAAGCAGACGAAGCCACAAAACGAUUUUUGGAGCAGCGCUAUGGCAAAAGAGUUAUUCAGAAGGCUUUAGAGGAGAUGGAAAGUAAAAAAUGGCUAGAAACCAAUUCCAAAUCAUGUCCUUGCUGUGCAACUCCUAUUGAGAAGUUAAAUGGCUGUAACAGGAUGAGGUGCACUGCUUGCAUGCAAUACUUCUGUUGGCUUUGUAUGGGUGUUUUAUCCAGGAUAAAUCCAUACCAGCACUUUAGUGAUCCAGGCUCACCAUGUUUUAACCUGCUGUUUCAAGCUAUGGAAAUUGAGGAUUAAUUUUGGAAUGAAGAGAAUGAUUAAUCUUUAGACAGAAUCAAAAGCUGAAGAAAUGAAGAUGUACCAUGCAUGUUCAAAUUACUUUGAUUAUCGAUGGAUGAGACACAGAAAUCGGCUCAGACCAUCUAGAAAACUGCUUUUGUUUGCUAUCACUAAUUUCAUGGAUGUUAUCUUUUAAUUUAAUUUUCAAAAGCACUGAACACUUAAACAAGGACAUUAAAAUUUCUCAAUGUGCA